AUUUCACUUCAGUGAUAUGAAUGUUAUUGACGGGGAUGGUUGUGUUUCGGUUUACAGUUCCGCAUAGAAUGAGUGUUUAAAAAAAUAAAUCAUAACUCAACUUGAUCUGUGUAAUAAAUAAUCGGUUGCGGGGUACUUCAGAUGUUUUUUUUUGCGAAAAUUGUACAAUUAAUUAUGUGAGUGACAUCGCAGGAAAAUGAUUGUUUGAGCGAAAAAGACUAAAAUAAAAUUUAAAAAAUUUAAAAAUAGUGACCGAGAAUGAAAGUUAAAAUUAAUUUUUAACGUAAUUUGGUUCGGAAGUAGUUGUAUACCAGAAUUCAAGAAUUCAGCAGUGUACGAGUCCUUUUCCCCUAUAAAAAAUAAAUUAUGUGAAGCAUUCAAAUAAAUCGGUUUUUGAUUGCGAUGUAUAAUGUAAAAUGAAACAUGAAUUUUUGGAAAACUUAAAUAAUUGUAACGAGGGCACAUCAUUCUUAUGCAACGAAAAUGAAUUUCCAUCUUAUCCAGUUCCAGUAGGACGGCGUUUGAAGCAGUUGCACCAGCCAGCCCAUAAGGAAAUUAAUCAUCAAAGUGACAUUAUUAAUCGAAGCCAAAACAAACGGACACUUAAACUCGAUUUGCUACCUGAUGAUGAAACAACAAACAAAUCAAAAUACCAACCAACCAUGAGUUCAGCAGCGAAUAAUAUAAAUCAACACAACACUACCAGCAGCACCGGGUAUCAUAUAGGGCUGUAUGGAUGGCGAAAGAAAUGCCUUUUUAUACUCAUUUUAGGAUUAAUGGUACUAAUUAUAGUAAAUUUAGCGUUAACCUUAUGGAUAUUGAAAGUGAUGGAAUUUUCAUCGGAAGGUAUGGGACAACUUAAAGUUGUUGCUGGUGGACUUCAAGUUAUAGGUCAAACACUAGUGCUGGACAUACUAAGAGCUUCCACAAUUAAAUCUCGUUAUGGCCAAGCGAUUUCAUUAGAAUCGUCAAGAAAUUUUUCAAUCAACACCCGCGAUUGGGAAGGAAACAUUGAAAAUAAUCUAUUCCUCGGUCACGAUAAAAUGGAGGUGCUUGCCCAUAGUUUGAAAAUAAAGGACACACAUGGUGCGGUUCUAUUUUCGGCCGACAAAAACGAAGUAAUGAUUGGAGCUAAUUCGUUACGGAUCGAUGGAGACGGCGGAGCUGUGUUUCGGGAAUCCGUACAGACGUCUGUUAUUAGAGCGGAGCCUGGUCGAGAAUUAAAAUUCGAUUCACCAACACGAUCGCUGCAUAUUAGUGCUGGUCAGGACAUAUUUAUAAAAUCGGGAGCGGGAAGCAUAGACGCUAGUUGCCUUAAUGACAUCCGACUACACUCGGAAGCUGGAAAUAUUCGAUUAGAUUCAUCCAGCAUUUUCCUACCAAAUUUGAAAACCGCACAACCACCCACUCCAGGCGUAUCGUCAUCACACGAUCAUAAUCACAAAAUUUAUCAAUUAUGCGUUUGUGGAAAUGGCAAAUUGUUUCUGGCUUUGUCUCAUAGUAUUUGCGCCGGUGACGAAUCGACAGUGUGCAGAUGAUUCUACUGAUAAAGUUUCUGUGUCGAAAAUGAGUGUUAAAAGUGUCGACAAAGUAAUCAGCAAUUUAUCAAGCCUUAGUCAUAUACUUGUACAGUAGUGUCAAUCCGAGUGAGAGUUAAUCGAGCAAUCCGAGGCUGUCUCACUCGGGGGUGACGGUAGUGAACGUGAACAUACAGUAACAUUAUGAUAUAACAUUCGAUGUGUGUAAAUAAAUUAAUCAUUUUUGUGAAACCCCCCCCAUCAUAUCAGUUCCGUGUCCUGUAAAUUAUUGAGAUCCAGGCGUUUUACGUGAACUUUUUUUUUUGUUUCAUUGAUAGACGAAGAGAAUGUUAUAUAAAAAGCCAUGCAAAUUGGAAGUUAGUUGAUUAUUAGCAUAACAAAAAAGAAAAUUAAAAAUGAUGAAAAAUGAGUAAACUAAAA